AUGAUCCAGCCAGAGGAGGCGGAAAAUUUUGAUCUGAAUCAACCACCUUUAGAUAUGGAUUUUCAUGCAGUUAUAAUAAAUCCUUUGCAGCCUGCCCAGGAAGGUGAAUUCAUACAAAUCAAUGACUUCCAAGAGAAUGUGCAGGAGCAACACCUACUGCAGCAUGAGAAUGAGGUCUAUCUGUUGAAUCCUCAGGAACAAGAAGUGGAACUGAUGCAGUUAGCUGAUGAGAUACACCAAGAACAGCUACAAAACCUACCUAUUAAUCUAGCACCCCCAGUCAACUGGAUAAUGGAAGAGGUUCCUCUAGAUCAAUUGGUUGGUCCUGAAGAUGAAGGAUUUCCAGAGCAAGGACAUCCAAUUCCAGAACAGAUAGGGGAAGGAAAUGGACAACAGAACCAGCAAGCAAUUGAGCAAGUGGCUCCACAGUGGGAAAACCAGAUCAUGCCAAAUGAAGAAGAAAUUUUUGAUGCUCUGAUAGCAGAAAACAACCUACACAAUCAGCCCCAGAUCCAGAACAAUAACAUUCAGCUUGGGAUGGCCUUAAUAAGAAAUGAAGAAGCUGAUCCAGCCUGGACACAAGCAAGGAAUGCAGAGGCUACUAGGCUUUGGGCACAGUUUUUCUCCUCAGUUGAUGAAGCAACUGGUCUGGACACUGCCAACUCUGAACAAGGCAGCGCCUCACCGGACAAAAAGAAAAGGAACCACAAAAGAGCUAUUGCAAUAGUAGAGACAGAGGCCAAAAGGAAGAAACCCUAUCCAGUUGCAAGAGCAAGAAUCAUAGUAGCUGAAUGCUCCUCAGCUCCCACCAAUCAAGGAAACAGUGAGGAGUAG